AAAGAGAUGGCGAUCGAACACUAAUUGUGUGAGCCGCACAACUGUUUGACUUGCAUCUUCAGCAACAAUAACGUCAGGGAUUGCAGAAGCUGCUAUUUUCAUCAGUAGCGCUUGAAUUUGUCGUUGUAUCUCAGGCUUAGUGAUUGCAACGUCGCAUCUUGCGAGAUCUCGCCACACUAUCUCAAACUUUCCUCGUCCGAACGAGUCAUCGGUUUUUUCCUUUUCUUGAAUUUAGAGAAGCAUACCAACAACAACAACCACCAAGAUGUCGUUAACAAAUUGCCGUUUCUACGAGGAGAAGUAUCCGGAGAUCGACAGCUUUGUCAUGGUCAAUGUCAAGCAGAUCGCCGAGAUGGGUGCCUACGUGAAACUUUUGGAAUACGACAACAUCGACGGCAUGAUUCUGCUCAGCGAACUCUCAAGACGUCGGAUAAGAAGUAUUCAGAAGCUUAUUCGUGUCGGACGAAACGAAGUUGUUGUUGUUCUUAGGGUUGAUAAAGAGAAAGGUUACAUUGACCUUUCGAAGCGACGUGUCUCUCCUGAAGAUGUUGUCAAAUGCGAGGAGCGCUAUAACAAGAGCAAGAUGGUGCACUCUAUUCUCCGCCACGUCGCCGAGAAGACGAAGACUCCUAUUGAAGAGCUCUACCAGAACAUUGGCUGGCCUUUGAACCGGAAAUACGGACACGCAGUUGAUGCUUUCAAGCUUUCAAUCACUAACCCUGAAGUUUGGAACGAUGUGACUUUCCCCAGCGAAGUCAUCAAGGAGGAGCUUUGCUCUUACAUCAGCAAACGUCUCACACCCCAGCCUACGAAGGUCCGUGCCGAUGUCGAAGUCACCUGCUUUGGAUACGAGGGUAUCGACGCUGUCAAGACGGCUCUUCGCUCCGCCGAGGAGAAGAAUACCGCGGACACCCAGGUGAAGGUCAAAUUGGUUUCUCCUCCCCUCUAUGUCCUUACCAGCCAAUGUCUCGACAAAAACUCUGGUAUUGAACUUCUGGAGGCGGCCAUCGAGAAUAUCCAGUCGAGCAUCAAAUCAGCGGGAGGCAACUGCGUAGUCAAGAUGGCACCCAAGGCGGUCACCGAGAAUGAUGAUGCUGAGCUUCAGGCUCUUAUGGAGAAGAGAGAGCGUGAGAACCAGGAAGUCAGUGGAGAUGAAAGCCUCAGCGAGAGUGAUGAGGGUGUUGUGUAGAUCACAUGGUUAACGCGUAAAUGUAUAUCCUGGGGAAAAGUUCAUUAAAACACGAAAUUCAUUUUUUCAAAUUCAAUUGAGCUUUCACUGUGCAGCGGCUGGACUUUGAUAAUUAAGUAGGUUGGACUGAAUGAGAUUUUUGACAACCGGGAUGCGUG